AUGGGUAGAAUAUUCACCAUCAUAGGCAUGUGCCUUCUUUGGCUUCAAAAGACGGAUAGUCAAAACGGUGGAAAACAUAAAGGAUUUAAAUUGAUGCUAUCAGAUUACUUGUUUGAUAACUAUGUUCAAUAUUUACAAGAUGGGCGAGAAAAACUUGAAUGUGCUAUGUUAUGUGUUUAUACUCCAGCCUGUCCUUCGUUUGCUUACCAACAAGAUACUGGGGAAUGCUUUAUAUAUGAUAGAAUUAUUCUGAAGGACGAUUCUAAAAGUUACAACAAGUCAGUCAGUACUUUUAUUCUGAAGAGAUCUAACGAAGUCAGUGAUCACAGUGUUCAGAGCACUACCAGUAAUGCUAAUGUAGCGAUGAAAGCACUAGAUAGUGAUGCUUACACCAAAUCUUUGACUCUAGAACAAGUGAAUCAAUGGUGGUGUACAAAUCUUACAAAACCAUUCUUCAUUAGAAUGAUAAUCGUCGAUACAGAUAGUAGCCUGGUACCUCAGUAUGAUGUCAGGUUAGGUUUGGACAAUCAGUGUAGUGCGUCUGGAUUGGCUACAUCGUCAUUGUGUAAUUCAAUCAGUACCUCUAACAUUGGUGGGGCAGACCGUUUUGGUUUUACAUUUAAAAACUGCACAGGAAUAGAGAUGAAAGCCAAGACUAUAUAUUUAACAGCUAGCAGCUCGGAACCCACAAGUCUGGCAUUUUAUUCUGUCAGUGUCUAUCCAGAAUUAUGUUAA